UGCCAGGCAGCUGAUUGGAGUUUGAGACUGUGGGUUGGUGAGAGUGGAGAGCACAGAAUGUUGUUUGCUGGAAUGCUUCCCUCUGCCCACAGGAAGACACCUUUGGCGCAUGUGUUCUGGUCAGGGCAAAGGCUCCGUGGUUUCCACCGCAAGAUUGCAGGAGCCUUGAGGCCUGGGCCACAGUUUUCUCCCUUGGGUGUGCUCCAUGGAAGGUGGCUUUGGUGACCGCCCUGCCACUGGUCUCUCCCCAGGCAGGCAGGCAGCCUGUGCCUCCGCCUUGUCUCCAGUGGUGGUGUGGCUGUGCUUCUGCAAGGCCCGCAUCCACUCACUGUCUGCCCUCUGCACUCUCUGGCUAGCCAGGGCCCCCAGUAGUCUGCUCAUUGUGCCCUCACGCUUGGGCAGAGCCGAACUCAGGGGACCCAGGAAGAGCGGAGUGUUGGCCCGUCCAGAGUUCUUGGCGAUUGGUGUGUCAUGUGUGCCUCGUGCCCUGUGCUGAGCGAGAGUGGGCACAGCUGCGCAGACAACGCCCUUGGCGAGGCUGGAGCCUGGACCCCUGCCUGGCAGCAGCUGGGCGAACUGAUGUCUUCUGCCUGUGGGCCCAGCCUCACCUCAAUAGCUUACUGCUCCCUCAGGAGGGAGGAGGGGAGGCCUGGAAGCCUGGGCUUGGCGGGGUAAGGGUGGUGCAGGGGCAACACCUGUGGAGGAAACAGGCGGGGUUGGGGCCCACCAGCGUCUGCUGUCUGCUCUGUGCUGGGUUGCAUCUGUUGGUGUCUGAUCGUUGUCAGGGCCCUGUGGUGAAGAGACACACCUGCCGCUUGCUGCUUGCGAGGAAAGGGGGAGAUCCCCAACCCAGGAGCCAGAGGUGGGACUCCAGCACCCCCCAUUCCUGGGAGUUGGAAGUGAGGCACGAGCUCCCCAAUUCCUGGGCAUUGGGGAUGGGGUGUGGGGCCAAGGAGGGGAUGGAGACCAGGGUCUUGUGGUAGUUUGGUGGGAUCCUCAGAAGGUGUGGCUCUCCCCCUUCUGAGGAUGCAAAAACUCCCAGAGUUUUUGGCGAUUGAUGUGCCACGUGUGCCUUGUGCCCUGUGCUGGGCGAGUGUAGGCACAGCUGUGCAGAUGACGCCCUUGGCGAGGCUGGAGCCUGGACCCCUGCCUGGCAGCAGCUGGGCGAACUGGUGUCUUCUGCCUGUGGGCCCAGCUUCACUUCACUAGCUUAGCGCUCCCUCAGGAGGGAGGAGGGGAGGCCUGGUCAGUGGAGGUCACCACUGUGUUUCCUUCCGGGUGGGCUUGUAGUCACGUAGCAUCUAGGUUCAGACCCGAAGAGCUUGGAGCCAGGGGCUGGGGGGAACAGGGCAGGACCGGCCUUGGGGCAGCCCUGUCAGGCCCACCAGUGCCAUGUUGGUUGUGGGUUGGCAGGGCAGAGUGACCUUAAGAAGGGCCAGCUCAGUGGAGCAACAGGACAGAAGCUCACAUGGGGUCCAGCCCACAGGACCAUUUGAGUAGCUCUCCCAUAUCGGGUCCUUCGAAGCACAUGAUCUAGCUUUACUUUUUCUCCUUCGUAUUAGAAAAGUCACCAUAAUACCAUCAAGUCAUAAUUUCUGUGAUCUCAGUGCUUCAAGUAGGUGUGUAGCAAUUGCUGGAUGUGUCCUGAGAACUGUACCCCUUCCACCCUGGAGAAGCAGGGGCUCCAGAAAUUCACGCAAGUGGCAUGGCUCAUUGAUUGUGGGAGACUCUGGGGGGCUCCUAGCUAGUGCAUUAUGGGAACCGGGCUGUGGAGGUUGCAGGGCUCGCUGGCUGGGAGAAGCUGAAUGGAUGAAGAACCCUGGCCACUGCAGUGCGUGCUGAUGGUUGGCUGGCACAUAGAGGAGGUGGCAGGGCUGGGUGAGCAGCAGGAGCCAGGUUAGUGGGGAGGCCCGAGCUAAGCGCAGGGGCAAGUUCUGCGGGUGGGAGAGCCAGGAGGGCAUGGGGUGCAUGGUGAGAUGAAAACGAUGUGUGCUUGUGACAAAAAGCCCAGAAGAGGCAGUAAGGAGGGAGGAGUCUAUCCCUUACGGAGAGCACGUGGACUUCUGGGUGGGUGUCCUGCAGUUCCCUUCCUCCUGAGUCUUUUUAACUGGGGGUCCGGUGUGUUUGUGAUCAAUGACAUGUGUGCGUGUGCAUGUGUACCUUUGCGGGUACACAUGUGUGGUGUGUGUGCAUUUGCUUGGUGUGUGUGCAUUUGUGUGUGUGUGUGCAUGCAUGUGUGUGUGUUUGUGGUAGGUUUGUGCACACAUCCUGCAUACCUUUGUGCCUGGGAGUGGCAUGUGUGUGGUGGGUGUCGCUGUGCAUGAUGGAAUUGCAGCCGUGGUGCAUUUGUGAGAUUACCUCGGUGGCCUAAAUUGGGGAUUAGGAGGGCAUCCUCAGGUCCUUCCCACUGUCUGCUCGUCUGCCCACAGGCGGCUGUGCCCUAAACAGGAGGAGGCCAUUCACGCCUCGCCUGAGUUGUGUCCAAGGUGUGCGUGUGGCCAGGGGUCCAUCCGCUUCCCUCUAGCCCAGCCCCUGAACACAGCUGCAGUGCACGGCCCCACUCCUCAGCUCUGCUCCCCAUCCCAACUCGAAGACGCUGCCCUGGCCCUGUGUGUGCAGCUCACGUGGACUGGGAGGGCAGGGCAGGUGCAGGUCUUGGGGCAAGAGCUGGAGCUGUCUUUUCCUUCCUGCACAGCCGCAGAGCAGGUGGAUGGGGCUGCUUCCCUGCAAGGGCCGAGGGCCAGGCCCCCUGGGGAUUUAUUCCUGGCUUAGAAGGGUGGGGCCAGAAGCAGGCGUGGUGGGGAUUAGGGACUCAGCACCCCCAGCUCUCAGUCCAGCAGACAGACCCACCCCAGGCUGACUACAGAGGCUGCACCUCAGCAAACAGGCAUGUCGGGCCCCAGGCCUGUGGUGCUGAGCGGGCCUUCGGGAGCUGGGAAGAGCACCCUGCUGAAGAGGCUGCUCCAGGAGCACAGCGGCAUCUUUGGCUUCAGCGUGUCCCAUACCACGAGGAACCCGAGGCCCGGCGAGGAGAACGGCAAAGAUUACCACUUUGUAACCAGGGAGGUGAUGCAGCGUGACAUAGCAGCCGGCGACUUCAUCGAGCAUGCCGAGUUCUCGGGGAACCUGUAUGGCACGAGCAAGGUGGCGGUGCAGGCCGUGCAGGCCAUGAACCGCAUCUGUGUGCUGGACGUGGACCUGCAGGGUGUGCGGAACAUCAAGGCCACUGAUCUGCGGCCCAUCUACAUCUCUGUGCAGCCGCCUUCACUGCACGUGCUGGAGCAGCGGCUGCGGCAGCGCAACACUGAAACGGAGGAGAGCCUGGUGAAGCGGCUGGCUGCUGCCCAGGCCGACAUGGAGAGCAGCAAGGAGCCCGGCCUGUUUGAUGUGGUCAUCAUUAACGACAGCCUGGACCAGGCCUACGCAGAGCUGAAGGAGGCGCUCUCUGAGGAAAUCAAGAAAGCUCAAAGGACCGGCGCCUGAGGCUUGCUGUCUGUUCUCGGCACCCCGGGCCCAUACAGGACCAGGGCAGCAGCACUGAGCCACCCCCUUGGCAGGCGAUACGGCAGCUCUGCGCCCUUGGCCAGCAUGUGGAGUGGAGGGGAUGCUGCCCCUUUGGUUGGAACAUCCUGGGAUGACCCCCGACCCAGCCUCGCUGGGCUGUCCCCUGUCCCUAUCUCUCACUCUGGACCCAGGGCUGACAUCCUAAUAAAAUAACUGUUGGAUUAGAAA